AGCCGAGCCGAGCCGGGUCGGGUCGGACUCAACCGAGACAGCCGAACUGACUCCAGCCGAAUCAAGUCUAGUCGAACCGUGCACAGGCGGGUCCGAAACCGCAGCGCAUCCCGCCGGGUGCGAGCCGAGCCGAGCCGAGCCGAGCCGAGCCGAGCCGAGCCGAGCCGAGCCGAGCCAUGCAAGUGGCCCUGCUGGCCCGGCUGCUGUCCGUCGGGCGGGCGGUGCUGGCGGCGCUGCGAGGGCGCCUGGGCGCGCUGUGCUGGAGCCUGGCUCCCCUGCCCCUGUCCCUGCCCCUGUCCCUGUCCCUGCCCCUGCCCCUGCCCGGCUGGCGGGACUCGGCCCCCCCGCCGCAGCGGGAGCAGCAAUGGGACGACGCUCCCCCGACGCCCACCAGCGUCAAUUACCACUUCACCCGGCAGUGCAACUACAAGUGCGGCUUCUGCUUCCACACGGCCAAGACCUCCUUCGUGCUGCCCCUGGAGGAGGCCAAGCGAGGGCUGGCGAUGCUCAAGGAAGGAGGAAUGGAGAAAAUAAAUUUCUCGGGAGGAGAGCCGUUUCUUCAGGACAGAGGCGAAUUUGUAGGCAAACUGGUCCAGUUUUGCAAGCAGGAGUUGGAGCUCCCAAGUGUCAGCAUUGUUAGCAAUGGAAGCCUGAUCAGAAAGCAGUGGUUCCAGAAGUACGGUGAAUAUUUAGAUAUUCUGGCAAUUUCGUGUGAUAGUUUUGAUGAGGAUGUCAACGUUUUAAUUGGCCGUCGUCAAGGAAAGAAGAACCAUGUGGAAAAUCUCCAUAAACUGAGGCAGUGGUGCCGAGAGUAUGCUGUUGCUUUUAAAAUAAAUUCAGUCAUCAACAGAUUUAAUGUUGAGGAAGAUAUGAAUGAGCAGAUCAAGGCACUCAACCCUGUGCGCUGGAAGGUAUUCCAGUGCCUGCUUAUUGAAGGGGAGAACAGUGGUGAGGAUGCUCUAAGAGAAGCAGAAAAAUUUGUUAUCAGUGAUGAAGACUUUGAUCGAUUCCUGGACCGCCACAAAGAUGUCUCCUGCUUGGUACCUGAAUCUAAUCAGAAGAUGAGGGAUUCAUACCUCAUUCUGGAUGAAUAUAUGCGUUUUCUAAACUGUAGAAAUGGACGGAAAGAACCUUCCAAGUCUAUCCUGGAUGUUGGUGUAGAAGCAGCUAUAAAAUUCAGUGGGUUUGAUGAGAAGAUGUUCCUAAAAAGAGGAGGAAAAUAUGUGUGGAGUAAAGCUGAUAUGAAACUGGACUGGUGACUCAAUACACUGAGUUAGGGCAGUGCAUUCUGUAAAAAUAGGUGUGUCUUUAUAGGUGAGUGUGUACUUGCAUCUAAUGCUUUUAACUGCACUUGGUAUUUUACACAGACUGAUGUUCAGUAUAACUCUACAUGUGAAUAUGUUACAUGCUUUGUAAAUGCAGAUUACAUUGUCUAUUACUUUCUUGAGCAUGACCAAAUACUUUCAGAACUUUCACAUGAACAGGUCUCUGAAAUAAACUUUAUAGUCCAUUGCACCAAGGACUAAAAGGCAAACUAUUUUUAUAAAAUACCACAUGAGUGUGCAUGCCAGAUAAGAAGCAAAACACCACCCCAAAUUCUAAUUCAUUCUAAAUAGCUGUAAUGACAGAGAAGUCAAAAUUCUUAUCAGGGAACACAUUCUGCCUGUUUCUUAGGACAAGAUGGAUUGCAGUUCCUGGGUAGAUCACUGGAGGGCCAGCUGGCAGGCCUCUGGAAGCAGCCUCUGCUUUUUCAGGGGUAAUAGAGGGUCGGAAUCCAGGAAUCAUUAAGUAAUAAUGAAUUUAAAAUGAUAUUUGCGAAAAUGUUGGGGGAUGUAAUUUUUUGUGAAAACAUAUUUUUAAUCAUGAAAAAAUUCGUCCAUCCUAAAACCUAGAGAUACAUUUUACCUAAUGAUAAACAACAUCAUAUUUCACAUUGGAAACAUCCUUCAAAUAUUUGUUCUGACAAAUAUUUACAGUGAAACAUUUUUUUCAUUUUAUUAGUAUCUCAAUUUUCCUUUUAUCUGCAAAUAUGGAUUUAUUAUUUUAAACUACUUUUGAACGGUGGGCAUAAAGUUCUGAUGAACAUUCCUUCUUAAACUAAUUAAUACCACAUAGAACAACCUAAUAUAUAUCUUCUGUUGCAUACUAGCUUUUUAUUUUGCUAAGCCAUGGAACUACAAAGUUCAUAUAGUUCAUAUGUCAAGCAACCUUGUUUAAAAGGUUGCUUGUCUCAGUAACUAAUUAGCUUGCUGGUUAUAAACCUGCAGCCUUUAAAUGGAACUAAUCUGGUUUUGUGAGAGCUACCUUUGAUUUUAAGAGCAGGUAGCAUCAAUAUAAAAUUAAAAAAAAUCCCCAAAACAAUCUAAUAUACUGCCCUCAUUCUUGGUUUUCUGGCAAUUGUUAUGGCUUUAUAAUUGCAGGUUUUCAAAUUGAACUAGUCCCAUCCUCCCUCUGUCUGAAGGGCAUGGAGAUAGGCACUGCACAGAGCAGAAGUGAGAUGGCACUGCUCAUGCAUCCUGUCCACUGAACUCAAUGUCUGGACUGUCUCACACAUUUAAAUAUUUGCAGCAGUUGAGAGCCAGCAUGCAUUAAAUAUACCUCAUAGAGAAAAUGACACCUUAUUCCAUUUUUUUUGGAAAUGCUAGUUUAUUUUUUAAAGACGUUUUUGAAAGAAAUGUUUUGCAUUCAUUUAAUGCAUCUUCAGAGUUGAAGGGGGAAAAUGCUUAAGUAGGAGCUUAUUUCUGUGUAAAGCAAAGUGCUCCUCUGAAUACUCUGUGAAAAUGGUUCCAUUUAUAAUUCCUUCAGUUUCUAUUUUUACUGUCCUAACUGUAAAUAUACACAGUGGUGCUCUUUUGUCCCUUUGUAUUUUGCAUUUUGCAAUCACAACAUUUCCUAGACACUGACAUUUCAGUAUUUUCUUUUUCUUGUAUUAACACUAAGUGACAUUUAAAAUGUGGCCCACACACAGUAACCCCACAGUCUUUUGGCAGCUAUUUCACUGACCUUGGCUGGAGUUCUCCCUGGCUCUAUGGGCAGUGCAAAUUUAUGUAACUGGGGUUUGACUUCCCCUGCCCAAAUAUUAAAUCUAGUCUCUUCCUCAGUGCCUACACUACACUGAUAAAAAAGAAGCAUUUUCCUUUGUUGCUGUCUCAGUCUCAGGAAAGAUUUAGUGCAUCAAUGUACCAAAAAAUCUACCACCCUGCAGCUUCUGCAAAAAAUGCCAGCUGUAGCACAGCGCACAGAUAUAAGGUACACAAACUCCUGUUCAGAUCCAGAAAUCCUGCCAUUCUUUGCUUUGCAUUUUACCCUGUAAAUGGCUAUUCUUUUGCUUCCUCUGUGCCUGCAGAGGAAACUGCAAGAGAAACAAGGAGAUAAAAAUGUCAAAAUCCAGUAAAUAAUGCACAGACAUUUAAGAUGGCUUUUGUUAGAAGGUUCUACGUUCUUACCUUCUUAAAAUGUUAGGGAUUUCAAGUACAUAAUUAGUAGAAGGUUUCUGCUCUGUGUGAUACUCCUUUUCAAAGGAAAUAUGAGUUGUGUACAUUGGAAAUUAAGAAUCUCACAUUACAGUUUGAGAGUAAUUUAAGUUAAUGAACAGCUAUUGGCAUUUAUAUAUGCAACAUUUAUUGUUGUAUAGAACAACAAAAAUUUGGCUACAGUUGAUGAGUCUAGUUUAUUUAAAAAAAUAUAUAAACACAGUUCAUAUUGGACCAAAAGUGGACCUUGGACUUUCAUUAUAUAGUAGGGGCUGCCUUUCAGUAUGAGACUAAAAAAAUAAAACAGACUUCAACACAGUUACUUCCAGGCUUAGUUAUUACAGCUAUGUUGUGUUCCUGAAAAGUCAGGAUUUAAUUUAAGUCUUAUAAUUGCUUAAUUGUAUCUUUGUGUAUGAUAUCAUAGUAUUGCAGCUAAGCACUUGCUAAAGAUGUGGAAUUGGGAAGGAACUGACACUGCAUUCUACUAAAAUUAUACAAUUGUUUCUAUUUGUAAAAAAAUGUAGAGAAAAAUGAGUGUUUGGGAGGAUGACUUCUGAUAAAAUUGUGACUAUACCUUGGGUAAAAUUGUCACUUAAGAUGCACUUUAGGAUGCCCUCUUUUUCAGUGUGAAGGAUCCUGAUAUAUUUGAAUGUUACAAAUGAUCAAUUUUGGACUAAUAGUGUUAAAUAAUUAGUGCUAAGUAUUUCAUGAGUGUGUUGCACCUUUCAAUAAAUGUUUCUAUUUUCCUAA